AUGGUUAUCACUCGUAUUGCAGGAUCGUACUACCUCGUUGACUCGGGAUAUGCUAUAGGCAGUGCAUUCCUCCCCCCACACAAGUCCACACGCUACCAUGCCCAAGAGUUUCGGGGUGCGAACCGGCAGCCUAGUACCCCACAAGAGUUGUUCAAUUAUAGGCAUUCCUCAUUACGCAUGGUGAUUGAACGAUGCUUUGGCGUCUUGAAGGCGAGGUUCCCUGUUUUGACUGGAAUGCACUCCUUCUCUAUCUCUAGGCAACGGCUGAUUGUGACUGCUUGUUGUGCAUUGCACAACUUUAUUCGCAUGUAUAAUCGGGCAGAUGAACUGUUCCAUGUGUGGGAAGGAUCAUUUGUGCGUAAUGGAGACGCAAACAUAGCAGGAGUUGCACGCGUAGGUAGUGGGGGCACUGAGGAAGCUUUUAAUUCUCGGGCACAACGAGCAAUGUCGGAGUAUCGUGAUGUGAUAACUGCUGCUAUGUGGGCAGAUUACAUUGUUCAAUGA